AAGCAGACCUUACAGGAGGGCAGAAGAAGAGAAGAUCCCUCACGCGGCACAGCACGCACACAAAUGAGCUUAAAUGGUGCGACACUCCCUCAAUUUCACCCUCCACUUCUUCACUCACUACCUUCACACCUAAUAGGCUAAUAAUAUAACAGUAACAGUAACCCCUUUCCCUUCCCUUCCCUUCGCUUCCCUUCUCUGUAACAAUCACUCACUCAAAUGCAUAUGCAUAUGCAUGGAGGAACACAACCACAAACGUCCUUUGUCCCUUGAUUGGGACACUAUCUUCGCCGAUAGAGCCGGCAAUUCGCCGCCCCCGCCGGAGCUCAUCGUCAAACCCUCCGCCGAUAUGGUCUCCGAUCAGCAACCUCCGCCCUCCGACGACAGCCUCAACCAGCUCAAGGAUCGCCAGCUCAUUGACAUGAUUCGGAGUCAGAAGAACACCCUCGAGACCACGGGCAAGAGAUUGCCCGACAGUGGUACCAAGCUUCGUGCCAGCAUCAAGCGUUGCGAAGAAGAGCUCACUCGCCGGGAAGCACAAGCGAAGCGCCGUCAGGAGGAAGUUGAAGAGGACCAGGACCUGAAGAAGCCCAGACAAGCUACAGGCUCAAGUGCUGUUGACGAUGGUGUGUCUAAUGACUUGAGACAAGAGAAUACAUUAUCUGAAGCACAGUCACAAUCCUCUUUUGCAUCUUCUUUUGUUAAGAAAAUGGAAGAUGAUGAGACUAAUUGUACGGAAGUCAAUGCAUUCACAAAAGAGAUGUCACAUUUCAAACAUUGCAACAAACAGAUGAUGCGAGACAAUGGGGAACCUAAAGGAAGAAAGAGAGUUCGGUCAUCUUCAAGACAAUUUCAAUUCCAAUGCCCUAGCAAUCUUUCCAAACAUGAGAAAAGUUACAGGGCAACUUCUAAUUUCUCUCUGCGGAACAUUGGGAAAAACCUGUCAAGAAGCCUUUCAAAUGUCUUGCUUCUCAGACAAUUCAAUCAGAUGACUCAAGGUCCAGGAAGGGUCAGCCCAUUGUUCUUGAUGAUGACGAUGAUGAACCUCAUAUUCUGGAGAAAACAGAGCAAGAAAACAAACUUGCUGAAUAUUUUAUUUGUGUGUCUGUCUCUUUUCAGCCUGAAAGAUACUAAGAUCUAUUUCCCAUCAAGAGAUGAUCCAGAGUGUGUUGAAAUUUGUUACACAGACAUAGAUUGCCUUGUCCCUGCAGGCUUUUUAACAUCAACUAUUAUGAACUUCUACAUGCGGUAUUUACAGCAGCAAGCAUCUCUAACAAAUAGAUCGUUAUCUGACUACCAUAUUUUCAAUACAUAUUUCUACAAGAAGCUUAAAGAAGCUGUUUCCUACAAGGAAAGUGACAGAGAAACGAUCUUUGCAAAGUUCAGAAGGUGGUGGAAGGGUGUAAAUAUUUUUCAGAAGGCAUAUGUUUUGAUUCCAAUUCAUGAGGAUCUUCACUGGAGCUUGAUCAUUAUUUGUAUCCCGAACAAAGAAGAUGAAUCGGGGCCAAUCAUACUUCAUUUGGAUUCUUUGGGUCUUCACUCUAGUAGAUCAGUUUUUGAUAAUAUUAAAAGCUAUUUGAUUGAAGAAAAGAACUAUUUAGAUCGAGAACGUGUGUCUCUGGAUAUUUCAAUUGCAGACAGAAUAUGGAAGCGCCUUCCUCGUAGAAUUGAAGAUCAAGUCAUCUCGGUUCCCCAACAGAAGAAUGAGUAUGAUUGUGGUCUUUUUGUACUGUACUUCAUUGAGCGUUUCAUGGAGGAGGCGCCGGAAAGACUGAAAAAGAAAGAUUUAGCUAUGUUUGGCAAGCGAUGGUUCAAACCUGAAGAGGCAUCCAGUUUGAGAGUGAAAAUCCGUGAGUUGCUUGUUGCAGAACUAAAAAAUUCAGUCAGGCAUAAUAUUAUCUCAGAAUCUUCCCCUCCUUCCUCAUCUGCUGGCACUGCAGCCGAAUGUGUUGAGACUUGCAAGGAGUCUUUGGAUGAACAAUCUGUUGAUAGUCCUUGAAGUUGAUGCCAGUGUUUUUGUUCGGUGUACAGACAUCAAUUCAGCUGGUUGUUUUCUAAUGUAGAGUUUCCUAUGGCCUGGUAAAUAGUUCAACGGCCUUCGAUACAAGAAAAGGUGGUUGACAGUAUGCUAUGCGCAAACAACAAUGAACUAGUCUAGUUUCUAACCAUUUCUUGUGGGUUAGGAGUUCCUUCCAAAUGUAUAGUAGGAAACAAUACAGAGCUGAUGACUAGGGGAUAAUAGGCAGAAUGAUAAUCUACCAGUUUUGUACUUUAAUCGUUGAUCUUUUAUAAUUUCAAUUGAAGUUUUAAUUUUAACUUGA